AUGGCCUCUAUCCUAUCAAACAGCUCUUAUUUCAAAGCCAGCUACGAUAAUAUUUCGGGGUCGUCAUCGGAUCACUUCAAUGAUACGUAUACGGACUUGGGAUCCACGAGCAUGUCGCCCGGGUCGUAUCGGGAUUCUUUAUACGUGGUGAUACCGGUGACUAUAAUCUACGCGGCGAUCUUUCUCACGGGGAUCGUCGGCAACGUCAGUACGUGCAUCGUGAUUGCGCGCAACAAGUCUAUGCACACCGCUACGAAUUAUUAUCUCUUCAGCCUGGCCGUGUCAGACCUGUUGCUACUGGUGUCGGGUCUGCCAGCGGAGAUGUACCUGGUCUGGUGCAAGUAUCCCUACAUCUUCGGCGAGGGUUUCUGCGUGUUGCGCGGCCUCGCGUCGGAGACGUCUACAAACGCAUCGACUCUAUCGAAUCUCUCCCGUGCGAUCAAACUGAUCUUGAUAAUAUGGCUGGUAGCGUUAUUGUUCGCGCUACCGCAGGCCUUGCAGUUCGGCGUAGUCAAACACAACGAGCAUCCGGACAUGGUCAUGUGUACAGUCAAAAGAAUCAUCGUCAGCCACUCGUUCGAGCUGUCCACGUUCCUGUUCUUCGUGAUACCGAUGUGUCUGAUCACGUUUCUCUACGUGCUGAUCGGCCUGAAACUCAGAAAGUCGAACAUGACUAUCCCAGGUAGAACUGAAUCGAGAAACUGCAGACGUUAUCCUGGACGAUCAUCUAGGAGAGUGUUGAAGAUGCUAGUUGCUGUUGUGAUAGCGUUCUUCAUUUGUUGGGCCCCAUUUCACGUGCAACGAUUGAUCGCUAUAUACGGCACUAAUACAGAAGAUCACAUCACAUCGAAUGGUCCAUGGAUGGAGUUUCUUUAUCUUCUAAUGACUUACGUGUCGGGCGUAUUCUAUUAUGUGUCCACAACGAUCAAUCCAAUCCUUUACAAUAUCAUGUCAAACAAAUUUCGUAUGGCGUUUAUGUCUGGCCCAUUUCAGGAAACAUUAUCGAAGAGCUUCAGACUCGCUGGAUUGCCAGCACGUAAUGUGCAACGAUCCUAUUCUAGCUUGUCGCGAUCCCAACAAAGAACCAUCGGUGGGUCAAGGAUAGCGGAAGCGAAUGGAGAAUCUGAUAUAAUUGCGGACAGCAUGGAAGGCUCGGGAAAUUCCAUGGAGGAGAAUCAACAACAGUCUAUAAAUAAUCCAGAAAAUUUACCAGUAUCUACUAGAGUUCUAGCUACAACUCGGACAAACUCGAUACGAAGUGAAUACGCUAAAGAAACGAAAAACAGUAACGACAUUCCGCCGAGGAAUACCUCGCCGAGCAGUAACUCGCGGUUACUAAUCAGCGAGCAUCGCAAGAAUCGAUCAAUUCGUAGGAAUGAAGAAAAUUCGUGGAUAAAGAGAACGCAGUAUAAAAACGUGCACAACAUCUCCAACGUUGAUAGUUCUAAUAAAAAAUGGUGGAGAUUUUUUAAGUGGUUCCCCGAUUUGAAAGUCCUCGGGUUUUCCAGGGGCUCGACCGUGCCUGAGGAUCACAUGUUCGACGAGACCAGGAAUCCCCACGAGGAGCUAUCGAUGACAAUGUGGAAUGUCCGCGAUAACAACAAACCGGUAGAACAUUAGCAAAUAUUUUCGUGAUUUUGAUAACUUU